GAAGGAUCGAUUUCGAAAUUCGGGGUUUUGCUACUAGCUAUGGUACGAGACACCUUCGUUUCCAAUGUGAAUUGGUCCCGCAACUUGUGGCACCUCUGACAGGAUUCCAUAUGCAGAGUGUGUUUCGAUGUCAACAUAUAUAUUUAGGGCAGAAUCCAGAUGCCGCGCUGAAGAUUCACCAAUUCUCAGAUGCAGGUUGCAGAUGCCAGAUCCCUAGCGUGCAUUCAGCUGCAGAGAGACGAAUUGAAUCCCAAUUGAUCGACCGUGUGGCGGCGUGGGCGAGUGCACACUGCAAAGACGACGCCAAUGCUGGCACAAGACAGACAAGUCCGAGUUGGAAGUUUGGUACCGUGGCUUCAAUUCUGAUUGCUCUGUCCAUUGUCGACAAACUUUCACUGCUGGCCACCAUGACACCACACAGGUCCCCGCUUCUCCCGGCAUUUGCCAGAGAUUGCGGACCAUCUGCAUUCGGCGCACAGGAAUAUGUCCUGUGCAUUUCCCUGGUCCGACAUCUCAACCUUUCAGCUCAUCUUUCAUUCGAGGUCAACUACACCAUUCACCUCAGUCCCUUCUUCAGCUCCUUGUUCGCUCAUCUUGCCGGCGAACACAACCUUUUAGUAGACAUAAGCAUCACCCAGAGGGACUCAAACUUCGCCGCAGUCCUCUCCUCCACUCCACCUCAGCUGCGCACCCAAGCGGUGGUGUGAAUUGCCACCAAACCCUCACCACAUUGCAAGGUUAGCUCUCCCAGAGCCUAUUUGCACCAUGGCGCAGCUCACGCUGCUCGCGCUGACCGCCAUUCUGCUCCUGGCUGGGAAUGCCGCCGGUGUCCGGCAGCUGCAACAGUUUGCUCCCAACGCGUGCAAUCCCUUCUCCGACUACCCAAAUCAGUGCUUCAGCAGCGAUGGGUCCAAGUCCAUUUGCUGCUCCAACGUUUGCCCCAACGCCCCUUCCACAGACCCCGUCUGCGCCAACGGCGUCCCCGGAGUCUCCCCCACUGUGAAUACCCCCAAUGCAACCACCCCCGCCCCCACAACCGGCGCCCCCGCUCCCACUACCCCUUCUUCUACGACCCCCGCCCCCACAACCCCCUCCGGCCCGGCCCCUGCGCCCGCGCCUAGUUACACCGGCUUUCCUGAGUUCGCGCCCGCCUCAACCGCUGACGUCAGCAGCUUUGUGGACACUUACCACCCGACCCUCAAGUUUGCCGUGAUUGGAGACGUUGGCCGCAUCGGCGCCCCUGCCUCCCAGGGCCUUGACCAAUGCCCGACCUCCCUCUUCCCCGACAACAACACCGUUGCCGGUCAAUACCAGCUAACGACCGCCAAGCUCUUGGCUGACGUGUGCGACCUCAACAAGUGCUCUUUCAUCGUCAACACGGGCGACAACUUCUACGAAUGCGGCGUAUAUCCCGGCGACAACAGCCGCCUCAAGAACGACAUCUUUGACGUGUACAACCCGUACGUGUCCCUGAGCAACCUGGUGUGGCACUCGACGCUGGGCAACCACGACAUGGUCAUCGAUGGCUCCAUGGAGCAGGAGAUGUCCUUCAACAACCCCCUGUGGUAUCUCCCUGCCGCGAACUUCGUGCGCGACUUCAAGUCCAACGGCGUCGUUGUGCGUGCCAUUUUCUACGACGAGAACCCCUGGAUUGCCAGCUACAACGGCAAGGGCAAAUACGACAAGCGCUGGUAUAAGCAGCACAGCAACCAGGCAUACUCCGACGCCGUUAUCGCUUUCAUCGAGAACGCCCUCAAGACCUCCACCGCGGCUCACACCAUCCUAGUUUCCCACUACCCCCUCUUUGGAACCGCCGUAGAGUACGGCCGCACCGCGUCGGCCGGGCUCUACAACUUCUUCCCCCGGGUGGUCGCCCUGAUCAACCAGUACAAGCCGGUCGCCUUUUUUAACGGCCACGAUCACAUCCUGACUCUGGGAGCGCCAGGCAAUUUCAGCAACGGCUUCACCAGUUACGUCACGACCGGGGCCGGUGCCCAGCACGGCUACUCCGACGCGUGCGGUACCAACCGGCAGUACUCCAACGGAGGCGCCGGCGGGUUCGUCGUGUGCGAGGCGACCGCCAGCACCUUCACGAUCAAGUAUUACACCACUGGCCCUAACGUCGGCCAGAUCAAUACUGAGGCGGCCCAGUGCACGGUGACGUCAGAUGGCGCCAGCAAGACCACGACCGUCGGCUCCGAUUGCGCGGCCAACCUCAAAGCCACGCCCGCGGACGGCUCUGCGUGCUAAACCAAAAGUGCGCACUGUUUCUUCUGGCAAUAAGAGGUUUUGCGCGUCAAAUAUGAAUAUGAGGUACCGUUCCGAGAAGGCGACCAACGCAUCCCGUUUGGCUACAUGCUAAAUGGGCAUUGAUCUGGGUUUCCGUCAUAAGUAAUAGGAUUGCGAAACAAUAAAAGAUAAUGUCCGCUAAGUUAUCGUGUUGAGCAAUAUGGUGGAUAUAGCUAUCCCAGGGUCCGCUUGUUCGAGGAUGAAAACUGGUUAUAUCGAGAGUAGACAAAAUGGAACAUCUGGAGACUUAUAAGUAACUUGAGGUGGGCUAGCAGCCAUCAUAUAGCCUGAUCUUCGAAUCGAAUCAAAAGCAGGUCAUGAGCUUAAUGAGAAGCAUCGCUAUGGUGGCCACCGAUUGAUUGCAAUAAUUAAUAUUCUGACUGG